GUUUCUUCGCUUCUUCUUCACCGUCUUUUCUUUUCUUUCUUCCAUUUCCCAACUUAAAGUUUGAUCCUUUGAGUGAGACCUGCAGGAUCGGUCUCUACAUGAAAGUUUCAGAGUGUCUUGUCUCGAAUUUUAUUUCCUUUGUCUGCAUCAAUCCUUCAUGUGUCAGCUUCAGUUUCGGUCUCGGACUCGGUCUCGGGUAUGUUUUGUUUUGUUUUGUUUCACCAUCAGGGUUCAAAUUAGCGAGGAGUUCAGGGCUCUCAAGCAAGGAGGGCAAUAGCAUCGUCACGAGCAUAUUAGUUAAUGUCUAUGUCUGAGAACAACAUGUCAAUUCAGAUCAAAAAUCUUAUCAAAUUCUAAC